CCUGAGCGCUUGCAACCUGCAACAGACUGCACAAGAUGGGUUCCGUAAGCCCACACGUUGCCGCGCAUCUUGACCCCCAAGGAGCCGGGGACGCCCGGCCAACCGCCCUCCAGAUCAUCCAAGAUGAGGGCCUUGAAGGCAAGCUGGCUGGCAAAAUCAUUGUCAUCACUGGUGCCACGUCAGGCAUUGGUGUCGAGACCGCCCGCGCCCUCAAGGCCACAGGAGCCACUUUGUUUCUCACGGCUCGCAACAUGGCGAAAGCCCAUAAGAACCUGGCUGGCAUCCUUGAGCCCGGCCGUGUCUCUCUCGUUGAGAUGGACUUGGAUUCCUUCAGGAGCAUCCGCACUGGUGGGGAGCAAAUCCUCUCCGCCGCAAAGGGACAGGUUAACAUCCUCAUCAACAGCGCGGGAGUUAUGGGCCUGCAGAACUACACGCUCACCGAGGAUGGGAUCGAGGCGCACUUCUCUGGCAACUACUUGGGAUUCUUCUUGCUCUUCCAACUGCUAAAGCAAGCUCUGCUGGCCAGCGUGACGCCCGAUUUUCAUUCCCGCGUGGUCGUGGUGGCCUCCUCCGCACACCGCGCCGCCACUCUCCCAUCCAGUGACAACUACAACUUCGAAAACGGCGGAUACAACCAUGAGAUGGCCUACAACAACUCCAAGCUGGCGGAUGUGUACUUGGCCAACAAGAUCGAGAGGGACUACGGUGCUCAGGGACUGCAUGCCACCAGUCUGCAUCCCGGCGCCAUCAAUACCGACAUCUCCCGCAACAUGCCUCCCGAGUUCCUGGAGGGGCUCAUGACCAACCCGUACAUUCUCAGGAUCUUGAAGUCGGCGGAACAGGGCGCAGCGACGACCGUUUGGGCUGCCGUGGGCAAAGAAUGGGAAGAUAAUGGUGGAAAGUAUUUGGAGGAUGUCAGAGAAGCGGAGCGGGUGGGAUGGGUGAAGCAGACCUACAAUCCCCAGGAGGAGGACCGCCUCUGGAGAGACUCGCUGAGGAUUGUUGGCCUGGAGGGCGACGCUUGA